AUGCGGGGAAACGGCAUUGAAUAUAUUCAUAGUUCAUCUCAACAACACAACACACAUUCAACUCGAUACUCUUUCCAACGCCAUUACAAUACAAAUCUUCAGACUGCACCAUGCGCCUCCCCUACGCUCCCUCCACCCCACCCCCGACGCCGACCCCUCCACCACCGAAAUCUACGCCCGCAUCGCCGCCCGCAGACACCCCCGCCCACUCAUCCCCCUCGAUCUCUCCCUGCUACACUCCCCCCAGUCGCCGACGGCUGGAACAGCUUCCUCGGCGCCAUCCGCACGCGCACAGUUCUCCCCGGUGCGCUCCUCGAGCUAUCCGUCUGCCGCGUGGCGGUCCUCAACGGCGCCGUGUAUGAGUGGAACGCGCACGCGCCGCUUGCGUUGAAGGACGGGGUGAGCGCCGACGAGCUGCGGGCGGUACGGGAGGUGGAGGCGACGAUUACGGACCGUGGGAAAGAAGCGCUGGGGCGGAGUGUGCUGAGUGAGGUGCAGAAGGCGGUGGUGCGGUAUACGGAUGAGAUGACGCUGCGGGUGAGGGUUGAGGAGGAGACGUUUGAGGACUUACGGAGAGCUGGGCUGAAUGAGAGGGAGAUUGUCGAGUUGACGACCGGGGUGGCGGCUUAUAACUGUGUAGGUCGGGUGUUGGUUGCGUUGGAUGUGGGGGAGAAUAAUGGGAGGGAGAUGAAGAGUGUGGAGGAGUUGGUAUCCCCUUGAAGUAUAUAGAAUUUAGAAUUUCAAUGGUAGUUCAUUUUUAAAGUGGC